CGCGAUUACGGAUAUAUAGCCGGCGGCCGGCCACCUCUGCCGCACGUACGUACGUCGCGUACACUGCCAUCCACCACCACUGUGCUUCCCCUUGCGCGCGACGACCGUUCGUCCGUCCACUCGGCCAUGGCGCCCCCACCGCUCCACCUCCCGCCCUACUUAGCCCCAACCUGGCCCUCCGGGCGCCCCCGUCCGGCGCCAUCAUUGAGAUCACCGUCACCGCUCCACCCCUUCUCCGACCUCCUCACCGAGGCGCUCGGGGCCGAGAGCUUAGACCCCGACGACGUCGCCAUGGACGGCGUCCCCGCGGUCGAAGGCUGGGCCCAGUCUUGCAAGAGGCAGCAACACCACCUCCAGGAAGUCGACGACGAAGCCGACCAAGGGUUCGUGAUGCCGAGGCGGACGAGGAGCGGGAGGGCGUUCCCGCCGCCGAUAUCGGUCAUCGGCAAGGGCGGGCGGCCGUGGCUGACCCUCCGGGCGCACCGGGAGGACGGCCGGCUCGUGCUGCGGCAGAUGCGGCUGCCGUCGCAGGAGCUGCUCCAGUCAUGCAAGGAGGACGGGAGGUUCAAGCUGUUUAUGCACCCUGAGACCGGUGGCCGAUGCGUCGCCGGCGCGGGAUCACGCGCCACAACGGCCGUGGCGCAAGACUAGGAAAGCAAGCGCACUUUGAGGCGCCGAUCCACCAGAUUGAUCUGUAAAUUAGUGCGUCGGUGACAUCACUCGAGUUAUUCCUCUCCUUCCGUUAACGUUGGUCGUGAUCAUCUUGCCUUCCCGUAUAAUCCAUCCACGCAUGGCUGGAACAAUCGCGGCAAAUCAUCGCUCACGCGGUCAAGUGUCGCUUGAUCUAAUCUGUUUCAUUGCAUGAGAAGUUCAAUAACUGA